UGGGUAAUAUGAUCUGGCUUCAGACAGCACUGGGUAUAGGCUAUGCACAGCGUAAAAAUGGCUGAGAAGCAGAAACAUGAAGGCAGGGUUAAAAUAGGGCAUUACAUCUUAGGAGAUACCCUCGGGGUUGGAACCUUUGGCAAAGUAAAGAUUGGAGAACACCAACUGACAGGUCACAAGGUUGCAGUGAAAAUCUUAAACAGACAAAAGAUCCGCAGUCUGGAUGUGGUUGGAAAAAUCAAACGAGAAAUUCAAAACUUGAAACUCUUUCGUCAUCCUCACAUAAUAAAACUGUACCAGGUGAUCAGUACCCCCACAGACUUCUUCAUGGUAAUGGAAUAUGUGUCUGGAGGAGAGCUAUUUGAUUAUAUAUGCAAGCAUGGGCGGGUGGAGGAGGCAGAAGCCCGGCGCCUUUUCCAGCAGAUUUUAUCUGCUGUUGAUUAUUGCCACAGACAUAUGGUGGUCCACCGUGACCUGAAGCCAGAGAAUGUACUGCUAGAUGCAGAAAUGAAUGCCAAAAUUGCAGACUUUGGUUUAUCAAACAUGAUGUCAGAUGGUGAAUUUCUUCGAACCAGCUGUGGCUCGCCAAACUAUGCAGCACCAGAAGUAAUUUCCGGAAGGUUAUAUGCAGGCCCUGAGGUUGAUAUCUGGAGUUGUGGUGUUAUUCUGUAUGCCCUGCUCUGUGGAACGCUGCCCUUUGAUGAUGAGCAUGUACCAACACUUUUUAAGAAAAUCAGAGGCGGAGUGUUUUAUAUCCCAGAAUACCUGAAUCGAUCUGUUGCCAGCCUCCUCAUGCACAUGCUUCAAGUUGACCCUCUAAAGCGAGCAACCAUCAAAGAUAUAAGAGAGCAUGAGUGGUUUAAACAAGAUUUGCCAACGUACUUGUUUCCUGAAGACCCUGCAUAUGAUGCUAACGUGAUAGAUGAUGAAGCAGUAAGGGAAGUAUGUGAGAAGUUUGAGUGCACAGAGUCAGAAGUCAUGAACAGCCUUUAUAGUGGAGACCCUCAAGACCAGCUUGCUGUUGCAUACCACCUAAUCAUAGACAAUCGAAGGAUUAUGAACCAAGCUAGUGAAUUCUAUUUGGCAUCUAGUCCUCCAACCAGCUCAUUUAUGGAUGAAAGCAUGCACAUUCCACCAGGUGUAAAACCACACCCUGAACGCAUGCCACCACUGGUUGCAGACAGCCCCAAGGCACGUUGCCCUUUAGAUGCCCUUAACACAACUAGACCAAAACCUCUAUCUGUGAAAAAGGCAAAGUGGCAUCUGGGAAUCCGCAGUCAAAGCAAGCCUUAUGACAUCAUGGCUGAAGUGUAUCGAGCAAUGAAGCAGCUUGAUUAUGAAUGGAAGGUGGCAAAUCCCUAUCACUUGAGAGUGCGUAGAAAAAAUCCAAUUACUGGAAAUUAUGUCAAAAUGAGUUUACAGCUGUACCAGGUUGACAGCCGUAGCUACUUGCUGGAUUUCAAAAGUAUAGAUGAUGACAUUGUGGAACAGAAGUCAGGCUCCUCCACACCACAACGAUCAGGGUCUGCUGCUGGUUUACAAAGACCCAGACUUAGUAUUGAUGGCACAGUGACAGAGAGCCAGCCAUUUAGUGGUUCUCCAACAGGAUCUCUUACAGGAACUGGGACAUGCAUGACUCCAAGACCAGGCAGCCACAUCAUGGAUUUUUUUGAAAUGUGUGCAAGUCUCAUCACAACACUAGCUCGUUAACAGAAACUGGUGCCAUAUUUUCCUUCAAGCUGCUCUGAAAGCAUCCACAGGCAUACACAUGUACACAUACAGUAAUAGCAGUUAUUCAUUUUCUUUUCCCAGGUGGUGUGCUAGGGUAGGUUUUUACAAUACAGUGCAGAUACAGACACACACACAUGUAUUUAUACUGUAU